UCCCUCCUCCAUGUUCCGGCCUCCUCCAGGAAGCGUCCUCCAGAGGUCUCGGCCCGCUCAGCCAGCGGCCCGCGGCUUGCGGAGUCCGCAGCGUGCCAGGUCCCAUCUGACGCCGCUCGCAGCGAGGCGUCGGCCUCGUGGGUGCGGGAUGAAGGCCGGCGGCGUGGGCACCCACCCAAGCCUGAGCCACCGGGCCCGGGCAGCGCCUCCGGCGUAGGCACAGCACCGUUCCCGGCUGGCGCGCGCUGUGCCCUUAGCCCGCUUCCGGCCGGGCCACGAGAUUGCGCGCACGUGUUCCGGCCUCUCGGAGCCGUGGUCGGGUGCCUCCUCCGCACAGCGGGCGGAUGCCCAUCUAGAGGCAGUGCAAGCUUCGCCAUGAACCCCAGGGGCCUGUUCCAGGACUUCAACCCCAGUAAGUUUCUCAUCUAUGCCUGCUUGCUGCUCUUCUCUGUGCUGCUGCCCCUGCGCCUGGACGGCAUCAUCCAGUGGAGCUAUUGGGCGGUCUUCGCCCCCAUCUGGCUGUGGAAGCUCCUGGUCAUCGUGGGCGCCUCAGUGGGUGCAGGCGUGUGGGCCCGAAACCCUCGCUACCGUACUGAAGGGGAGGCCUGCGUGGAGUUCAAAGCCAUGCUGAUCGCCGUGGGCAUCCACCUGCUGCUGCUCAUGUUUGAGAUACUGGUCUGCGACCGGGUGGAGAGGGGCACCCACUUCUGGCUGCUGGUCUUCAUGCCGCUCUUCUUCGUUUCCCCGGUGUCGGUGGCCGCCUGCGUGUGGGGCUUCCGACACGACAGGUCAUUGGAACUGGAGAUCCUGUGCUCGGUCAACAUUCUGCAGUUCAUCUUCAUCGCCCUGAGGCUGGACAGGAUUAUCCACUGGCCGUGGCUGGUGGUGUCCGUGCCCCUGUGGAUCCUCAUGUCGUUCCUCUGCCUGGUGGUCCUCUACUACAUCGUGUGGUCCCUCCUGUUCCUGCGCUCCCUGGAUGUGGUUGCUGAGCAGCGGAGAACACACGUGACCAUGGCCAUCAGCUGGAUCACGAUUGUCGUGCCCCUGCUCACCUUUGAGGUCCUGCUAGUUCACAGACUGGAUGGCCACAAUACAUUCUCGUACAUUUCCAUUUUCAUCCCCCUUUGGCUCUCAUUACUGACUUUGAUGGCCACGACGUUUAGGCGGAAAGGGGGCAAUCAUUGGUGGUUUGGUAUUCGUAGGGAUUUCUGUCAGUUUCUACUCGAAGUUUUCCCAUUUUUAAGAGAAUACGGGAAUAUUUCUUACGAUCUCCAUCAUGAAGACAGUGAAGAUGCCGAAGACUCUUCGGUGCCUGAAGCUCCAAAAAUUGCUCCAAUGUUUGGAAAGAAGGCCCGGGUAGUUAUAACGCAGAGCCCUGGGAAAUACGUCCCUCCACCUCCCAAGUUAAACAUUGACAUGCCAGACUAAACUCACAGGCCGGGCCUGAAAUAGAAAUCAUACCCUGAUGAAUUCCACUUCGCUUUUUUUCUGUGUUCAUCCAGCCCUGGAAUUGGAAACGGGCCUUCCUUAUUUUACGCCCUCCGUGAGAUGGACGCCCUUGCCGUGGUCCGUGUGGACUGUCGCAGAGGAAGGAGGCCGUAGUGUUCUUGGGUGUGUGUGCAUAGUGUUGGAGAGAACUUGCAGGUCUGUGUCUUACAAACUAGCCAAAGGCGGGAAACGGAAUUGUUUCUGGAAGACCUGAGAACUCCACAGCUGUUUGUUUUUAAGUGCUACUUACGCCUACCAAAAGUAUUGUUUAAAAAGUAUUUUUAUACACUGCUAGUCAAAAAUUGUAUUUUAGACUGUGCCCGUUGUGACAUAAUGGCAAAUGUACCAAAUUCCCCGCCGCCACUGUUCCGUAGCCCUCGUAACUGGUGUUAUAGUGCGCCUACUGGUCACGUGGUUUUCUUGGGGCUUUGCUGAUAUAGGUCUUUAGGAGUUUUUAAUGGAGUGAAUAUGUUAGUAUUUAUAUGAAUGUGUUGGCAUUGUUAUCUGUGUUGAAUUGUAGUUGUUGGAGGACCAAUGUAUUGUGUUAAAGUAUUUUUUAAAGUU